AUGGCAUCGAAAAAAAGGAAGUUUUCGGAUGAUUAUAUUAAAUUUGGAUUUACCUUCAUAGAAAGAGACGAGCUACAAUUGCCGCAGUGUGUAAUAUGUAUGAAAGUUUUAAGCAAUGAUAGUAUGAGACCCAGUCGCCUUGAGAGGCAUUUGAACCAGCAACAUCCUACUCUAUCUUCGAAAUCCAAAGAGUUUUUUUCUUCUAAAGCAGAAUCACUUAAACGCAUGAGAUUGGAUAAGUCGGGAAGUUAUCACAAAGGUGUUUCACAACAUGUCAAAGCUUCAUUCGAAUUAGCUUUGUUGAUAGCAAAACAAAAGAAACCUCACACUAUCGGGGAGGAUUUAAUCAAACCAUGUAUCCUUAAAGCCACUCAAAUAAUGUUAGGAGUAGAAUCUGAGCAAAAAAUGAAAUCAUUAUCUCUCUCUAAUAACACAGUCAAGCGAAGAAUUGACGAUAUGGCAUCAGACAUAAAAUUACAAAUUUUAAAUAAAGUCAAAUUAUCGCCAUUUUUUGCCAUUAGUUGUGAUGAGUCCACGGACAUCGUUAAUUGUGCACAACUAAUCAUUUAUGUUAGAUAUGUCAGCGGAGAUCACAUUGAUGAAGAGAUUUUCCAUUCCCAAUCAUUAUCAGCAGGCACUAAAUCUGAAGAUAUAUUCGAUGCAAUAUCAAACUACAUCGAAAGAAAUGACUUGGAUUGGAAUAAACUCAUUGGACUCUGCACAGACGGCGCCCCUGCAAUGAUAGGUGCACGAUCAGGCUUGGCUCAAAAACUUAAGGAAAAGAACCCCACGUUAGUUAGUACACAUUGUGUUAUUCAUCGGCAAGCUUUGGCCUCAAAAACUUUGCCACAGUCUUUGUGCCAGAUUUUGAAUUCGGCUAUAAAGAUCAUAAACUACAUCAAAAGUAGCGCAUUGAACAGUCGGUUAUUUACUUUACUUUGUGAGGAUCUCGAUUCUGACCACAAGGUCCUCCUAUUCCGCACAGAAGUGCGAUGGUUAUCAAAAGGCAACAUGCUAGCUCGCCUUUAUGAAUUAAGAGAAGAGGUUAUCCUCUUUCUUGAAUUUAAAGAAAAUAAUAAUUUUCUGCAACUGUUCAAAGAUGAACAAUUUCAAUGGAAGCUGGCCUAUUUAGCUGAUAUAUUCGGAGCUCUGAACCAGCUAAACUUGAAACUUCAGGGCCGAAAUGGUUCUUUGAUUAGUAACUAUGAUCAUAUUCAAGAAAUUAAUAAUCAAAACUUGAGUAAAAAUUUGAAAUCUGAAAUAGAAACUCAUUUGGAAGCGUUGGAAAAUGAAUUUAAUCGAUACUAUCGAGAUAUCAAUUCCGAAUCACCAAUAUGGCACAUGACCAGAAACCCAUUUGUUGUCGAAGUCUUACAAUUACCUGAAGAAGUUCAAGAAGAAUUUCUAGAAAUGAAGGCUGAUUCGACCAUGAAAGAUGACUUUCAUCUAUUGACAUUAGAAAAAUUUUGGAUCAAACGAUUCGUUGUUAAUCCGAAAGUUGCUUCUCUUGCUUUAAAAAUACUUAUUCCAUUUUCGUCCACUUAUUUAUGCGAGGCAGGUUUUUCAGCUCUAGUUUUAAUAAAAACCAAACAGCGAAAUACCCUUGCCGUCGAUAGCGAUUUAACCAUAGCUUUAGCAAAGACUGAACCCAAAAUCGACCAACUGGUACAGAGCAUGCAAGCUCAAGUAUCUCAUUAG